AUGGAGUUUAUGAGUGAUAUUGCCUCAGGUGCAGAUAUUUAUAGACCUUCUUUGUUUGAACUUAUUGCACAAGAAAAAUUAAGAGAGUUGAUUCAACCCGCUUUUAGAUAUGUUUUAUCUGUGUAUGCACAAAGAUAUCCUAGAUAUUUACUUAAACUUGUAAAUCAAUUUGAUGAAAUAUACACAUUGAUUAUGGUAUUUAUAGAGAGGCAUUAUUUAAAUGAUUCAGGUGCAUCUUUUGCUGAAAAUUUUUAUGGACUAAAAAGAAUACGUUCAUUGAAAGUUGGACAUCAUCAUUCACAAGAAGUUAAAUCUGACACCAAUUUACAAAAUUUAAGAAAUGUUGAUGUAUGGAGAUCAAUAUUUGUAUUGGUGGGAAUCCCCUAUAUUAAAACUAAAUUGGAUAUUUUGUACGAGAAAGUGAGUGGUGGUGUCGGAGCAAGAUUGUUAGGCUCUGCAUUUACACGAGAUAAUCAACAACUGAGAAAUAGCAACCAACAAAGAAAUUAUUAUGAACGUAAACGUCAACAGAGAUCCAGAACGGGUAUUCCAGCAGAAACAAGAAUUCAAGCCGGUCGUUACUUUUUGACCAAUAUGUUCACAAGAGGCAUAGAUGUUAUUAAAAUUUUAUUACCAAUGUCAAUAUUUUUCUUCAGAUUUUUGGAAUGGUGGUAUUCAAGUGAAUAUGCAAGGCUUCAAAGUGGCAAUAAUGGAAUUGAUUUAACACCCCCAGAAAUUAUCACGCCCGAUCCACAAGGAAUACCUCUUCCGCAGUCAUCAAAUAUAUGUUCAUUAUGUAAUAAUCAUUUAACAAACCCAACAGCCAUUCCUUCAGGUUAUGUGUUUUGUUAUCCUUGUAUAUUUCGUUUUGUAAAUGAUAAUGGAUUUUGUCCAAUUACUUUGAUUAAAGUAGAAGUUGAUGAUUUAAGAAAAGUUUAUAAUUCUUCAUCUUGA